GCACUUGAUUGUGGCCGCAUGUGAUUCUUCAAAGCUCUGUCUCACUUUUCUAGUGAACAAACAGCACAGCAAGUGCAGCUGUUGAAAGCCCUUGUGGCUGAUUCUUUAGUGCUUCUUGAUUGCCUUGAGAAAAAUGGACUAUGUUUCGUGGAUAUCUGCCAUUGCCUCCAGUGAGUCUCCAGUGGACGCCAGCUCCCCAACGAAUCAACACGUCUCGCUCUCGGCCCAUGAUGUGAGUGCCGCCCGACGGGUCUCAGCGACAACAGGAUUUUAAACCAUGGCCGUCAGCCAAGCCCUGCGAACUGGUCCGAUCGGCGUCUAGAGCCGCCCACCACAAGAGAGAGACCUCUGGGUGAGCGAGAGCGGGAGUUCAAACGUUGCGACUCUUUAACAUGAGAGCAGCCAGCAGCCCUGCCUGUCUGUCCCCUCUGCUGCUGUGCCUAUGUGUGCUCCAGAGGAGCUAUGGGACCCCUUCUCCACCCAGCCCCACAUUCACCCACAACCAGACCAAACUGCCCGACGGCGACAAGGACUCACAUCACCGGCCCAAGCGAGGCUGGAUCUGGAAUCAGUUCUUCGUUUUGGAAGAGCACAUUGGGCCGGAUGCCCAGUAUGUGGGGAAGUUACACUCAAACUCAGACAAAGGUGAUGGCUCCAUCCAAUAUCUACUCUCCGGAGAAGGUGCCGGUAGCAUAUUCACAAUCAACGAGUUAACAGGCGACAUUCAUGCAAAGAAAAGCCUGGACAGAGAAAAUAAGAGCCAUUAUGUCCUCCAUGCUCGGGCUGUCGACCGCUUCACCAACAGAGCCGUGGAACCCGAGUCCGAAUUCAUCAUCAAGGUCCAGGAUGUGAACGACAACGCCCCCAAAUUCCCAGAUGGCCCCUUUUCAGCCUCCGUGCCUGAGAUGGCAGACAUCGGAACAUCAGUAUUCCAGAUCACUGCCACAGACGCCGACGAUCCCACCUACGGAAACAGCGCCAAGAUCGUCUACAGCAUUCUCCAAGGGCAGCCUUUCUUCACAGUUGACCCCAAAACUGGUGUCAUCAGGACAGCUUUGCCGAACAUGGACAGAGAAACUAGAGAGAUGUACUCAGUCAUCAUCCAAGCCAAAGACAUGGCCGGCUCUGUCGGGGGUCUGUCCGGAUCCACGACAGUCAACAUCUCACUGACCGACGUCAACGACAAUCCACCACGAUUCCCUCAAAAGAACUAUCAGCUGUACGUGCCAGAAUCUGCUCAGGUAGGGAAAGCAGUUGGUAAAAUCAAAGCGAAUGAUGAAGACCUUGGCGUCAACGCUGAGAUGACAUACAGAAUUACCAAUGAAGAAGGAGCUGCCAUGUUUUCCAUCUCUACAGACAGUGACAAGAGAGAAGGAAUCAUCUCCCUCAGAAAGCCUCUGGACUAUGAGAAGAAGAAGGCUUACUCUUUGAACAUAGAAGGUGUCAACACCCAUCUGGAUCCUCGUUUUUCUUACCUGGGUCCUUUCAAAGACACCACCACGCUCAAGCUUAUCAUUGGGGAUGUUGACGAAGCUCCGGUGUUUACUAUGGACUACUAUAUCAUGGAUGUGUAUGAAAAUGCUCCGGCUGGGACAGAGGUUGGCAUGGUAACUGCUCAAGACCCGGACAGCACAAGAAGCAAAGUCAGGUAUUCCAUCGACCAAAAUGCAGAAGGUGAUGCACUUUUCACCAUCGAUGUUGACAGUGGACUCAUUACAACCACCAGGAGACUAGACCGAGAGGAGGUAGCCUGGCACAACAUCACAGUGAUGGCUUCAGAGAUUGACAAUCCAAAUCUGGUGAGCUAUGUACCAGUCACAGUCCAGGUCUUGGAUGUCAAUGACAAUGCCCCCUAUAUUGCCACAGACAGCGCUCUGGUUGUGUGUGAAGGCUCCAAGGCAGGCCAGGUCAUUCAGACCAUCAGGGCCACAGACAAGGACAACUUCGCCAAUGGCCGGUUCACUUUCGCUCUACCAGAAGACCUUCCAGUGAAUCCAAACUUCACUCUGAAGGACAAUGAAGAUAGCAGCGCGAGCGUGUUGGCGCGCAGGCAAGGCUUCAGCCAGGCAGAACAGGAGCUGUACCAGCUGCCCGUGGUUGUGUGGGAUGGAGGAGAGCCCGUCCUCAGCAGCACCAGCACGCUUACACUCAGGGUGUGUCCGUGCCAGCGCGGGGCCAGGACGCCAGUGUGCAGGGCUCAAGCCUUCCUGUCUUCAGCCGGUCUCAGCACCGGAGCCCUCAUUGCCAUCCUACUGUGUGUGCUCAUCCUCUUGGCCAUCGUGGUUCUGUUUGUCACUCUGCGUAGCAAGAAGAGCAAAAAGGAGCCUCUGAUCAUCUCGGCGGAGGAUAUCAGAGAGAACGUAGUCACGUACGAUGACGAGGGAGGAGGGGAGGAAGACACAGAAGCCUUUGACAUAGCGGCGUUGAGGAACCCCGCGGCAGCCGAGGAGAUGAGGAUGAGGAAGGACCUGCAGUCAGAGGUGUGGAGAGCAAUGGGGACCGAGGGACUGAGCCCAGCUUUGACCUUACCAGACGAGGACAUCCAUGAGGUGAUUAAGCUCAAGGUGGUCGAGGCCAACCGGGACACGAGCGGCCCUCCGUACGAUUCUCUGCAGACUUACGCUUACGAGGGCCGCGGCUCCCCGUCCGGCUCCAUCAGCUCUCUGGACCUGCCGGAGCCCCAGACGGAGCUGGACCUCAGUGAGGUAGACAACUGGGGCCCUGAGGUACAAAUACUGAACAGGGCGUUUCAAGAGAAAGGCCAGCAGCACGUCCCAUAAUGGCUGCGCAUGUUCUGUAAACCAGAAGUUGUGUGUUGUUUCCCUGAUGUCUGGUCAAAUGGGACUGCAGUGAAGACUGAAGUUUUUUUUUUUUUUUGUCAUCCAGUUUUGCUGUGGGAUUAUUUGACUGUUGUUUUUCACUGGCCUCUACAAGUGGAAGUUGAUUUUUGAAGAAAAAGUUUAAAAUUGAGAAAAAAAUGAGAACUCAUAAAGGAAGCUAUUUUCCCUGGUGUAUAUUUUCUAUUGCUUAAUAAAAUUCAUUAUUCCAGAUAAAUAAUGCGUGCCUCUAUUGCAUCUUCGUCCAUUUCCAGCAGCUACAAAAGCGUCCGAUUCAAUCUCCCGGCUGGUUUAGGAUGACAUCUUUCAUUCUAAACUGAUAAUUUCCCUUCUCGAAAUAGAAACUUGAUUUCUGUUUUCACAGCCUGUAGUGUUUAAGUUUCACCUAAUAUUUAUACCAGAUCGACAUUGAACAUAGAGUGUGCAACAUUUAGUAUAAAUCACCUCUGUCAAAAGCAAGAAAAUAACUUAUUAUAAUUCUCAUGAGCAGAGACUGUUUUAAUUGGAUAACAACGGCAUUCUGUGAAAGAUAAUUGGAUUCAAAUGCUUGAGUGGGCACCUUUUAUUACUUUCCUAGGACUUAUAAAUCAACUGUGAAAAGUCUGUGUUGCAAUCCAGUCCUGAUCAAUUCCCACGAGCCUCACAACAUGCAGAUAAAGAGCCCACGGACUGCUUUAAUAGCCACCGUAAUGAUGAUGAUGACUUCAGAGCGUCAACACGACGGCGUCUUUUACUGAUCUAAACGCGCUCGGCUGUCACAAGUAGUGUUGGAUUGUUUAGGAGGAUGACUUUUUGAAUACUGAGGGAGCUUCAAAAGUGGGAUCAUUUCCUCUGACAAUAGCAUUAGCUAAUUAGUAAGCCUAGUCCGGAAACAUACCUACUGACAGAUACAUCAAUGAUUUUAAAGAGACAGAUUGUUAAAAUGAUGACAGGAGGAAAUCCGUGUUUUUGACAGGUCUCGCUUCCUCCGUUUUCUCCUAAUGGGUUAAAUGUACUUAAAUUAUUGGAGGAAACUUAUUUCUCCCAAAUGAAUUCUCUGAAAGUUCACCUAUGUGGUGUUCUACUAGUCUUAAAUACUGAUCUUAACCAUUUAAGUCAACAAGUCGCAACUAGACUUAAAGCAGCUUUAUGUAGACUUGUGUAUUUUUGUGACUUUGGAGCCCAUUACAGUUAAGUGAUCGAAAUUCGCUAUCAUAAAUAUAUCACUGUCAUUAUCACAGUGGAUAUCUGUACACAUGCAUUUGUUUCCUCCAUAAAGCAAUUCCAUAAAGCAACCUUACUCCCAGAACAGACAUUCCGGGCCUUAUUAGAAGUCAGUGUACAGUAUCAUCAGAAUGAUUUAAAAGCUGUUAUUUCAAGGUUAAAUACAUAAGUAAAUGAAUAAAUCUUUCAUACAGUUGAUUUAACUCCGAUUUGUGAUUAAAAAGAUCAUUAAGUACAACUGAAAUGAGUGUUUAUGCAUUUAGAAUUUUACAUUCAGAUAUUUAUGUGAUAAACGAAAACAUAAGUAAAAUAUUCUUAUUAUAAAUUCAAAAUAUGUUUUAUAUAUAUAUUAAUAAUGUAUGCAUAUGGGAAGAAAUCAACAGAGCCCAAGUUCACCAGAGGAAAGCUUAUCAUCCUAACAGCGAAUUCUCUCAAAACUUGAUUCUUGACUGUAAUGAAACAACAUCAACAUAAUUAAAAAACUACUAAAUGUCCACAUAAUCUGCUUUGCUUUGACCAAUGAUGCAUAAUUAAAUUAUUCAAGUAGAAGUGCUCAUGGGUAUUCCCCUGGGCUCAGUUUUAUACUUGAUUGUUUUAAGUUACUAGGAUUUAAAUUCUUAAUUUGAUGGACUUUGAAGCCAAAGAAGUUUCAGAAACAUAAAUAUUUGUGGUAUUACUGCAAAAUGUGCCAUAUCAAAGCUGUUCAGUUAGGACAACCUACCUAUUUACAGCAUAGAGUAUGCAUUUGAAUGAACUACAUUCGAUUGUCUUUGAACAUUGUAAUUGUUCUUUAAAAGUCAGACAAUUACACAGCUUAAACUAAUAGCAAGAAUGAUGCUAGUGCCUGUAUCUUUAAUAUUACAUGACCAUGUGAUGAUUGGUCUUCUGACCAUGUGUAUUGUAAGCUUUAUAAUUUGCCCACGAAAAGAAAACCUCACACUGGCACAGCCAGCAAAAAGUCACGGUAUUUAAGAAUCUGACAUUUAAUUGCCCAACAUAACUGUAAUGAUAAUAACUGCAUAAUUGCUCUUAUUUUUGCUUGAUACCUCAGGCUUUAUUCUUGACUGAUCUGGCUGUUUAUAAAUCAACAGUCAAAGUUAUAUAUAAUUAUGUUAAAGUUUUUUGUCUGCACCAAAGCACCCACAAUAAAAACAACUCAUGCACAUCACACCCAAUCCACCAGCGCAUUUUUCUUCCUGUUUCAUCCUUCAGUGUUGAUUGAUAAUUUGUUGUUUUUGUUUGCACUGAAGAAGUGGCUAUUUUGUUGUUAAUGAUGAUGAUGGCAGUGGCGGUGAUGAUCUAGACUGUUGAUUAGCCUCAUUGCAGAAAUUGACUUUUCCUACACAAUCUGGCAGCUCAUCAACGCUCUGACCCUGAUUAUUGUGAGCCGAAUACAUCAUUAUCAGGCGACCAAAAGCAGAUAAAACAUUUUAAGACAAUCUGAAGUGGGGUGAAAUGGGUCUGGAUUUUUAGUAACUGACCUGUUCAAUUUAGGUGAUUGACACUGGAUGAAGUACACAUAGAUUGCCAUGUCACUUCUGAUUUUUCUUUUCAACUCAAUGCAAAUUUACAAAGUGUAGCAAUUCCCCACAUUGUUCAAAGCAUGAAAGGUAAUAAUUCAGGUAUUGUAAGAGACUGGUCCACUCAAAAUGUAUAAUAAUAUCAAAAAAUAAUAACAUUCAAGACUUGGACUGCACUUUUGAGGACUUGACUUUGUGGCUAUUACUUGGACUCAAUCUGUUGACUCCUUUCUUCACAGACUAGUUUUGACAUGUUUGUCUGAUGGGUGCAGCGAGCAACAGUUUGGUAAGAAAGAAUCAAAUGUAUGUGAGGAAACAAUCCCAGAGAUCCUUGUUAUGAAACUGAAACCAGUGAAAAUACAUCAAGUAACUCUGUAUCUAGGUUAGCAUCAAAAAUGAAUUGCUUUUAGCAAAAGACGUUAUGACUGUAGUCAAUUUGGACCAUCUAUCUAUCUAUCUAAAUACCCAAUCAGUCCCUGACGGAUGGAAGCCUCCCAUUACAUUUUUUUAUGUAAAUUUUAAUGUAAAAUAUUAUUUUCUGGAUUGAAUAUUCUGCAUUCAAAAAAAGAGCCACAUAUGGAA